AUGGUGCUCAGACGGUCGUUGUUUAAUGCUUAUAGGACCAGUAGUAGGAUGGUGUCGGGUGGUGCGGGAAAGAAGCGGUUUUACAGUGGCAGCGGCGGCAAGUGGCUGGGAUACUCUCUCGCUGGAGCGGCAGGUUAUGUGGUCGCCGGCGACAGCCUGGAUAUUAAGGGAAAGGUGAGCAGGGGCUUUGGUGCCGAUGUGAACGUGGGACCGGUUGAGAAGAACGGGAAAAGCAAGUCUACUUUGCCAUUGAGCGAUCUAGAGUCGCCAGAGUAUUGUAUGGACCGGAAAGAGCUGGAUCGGGUCGUUGAGGAGCUCAAGAGAGUUGUAGGUAACGACCAGGAUCACUUCUCUGAGUCCCAGUCGGAUUUGGACAGCCAUUCGGACACUUAUUUCAAUACCCAUCAUCCGGCAGCGGAUCAGAGACCGAGGAUUGUGCUGUUCCCUUCUAGUACAGAGGAAGUGUCCAGGAUAAUGAAGAUCUGCCACGACAACAAUGUUCCUGUUAUUCCAUUCUCCGGUGGCACCUCGCUCGAGGGCCAUUUCAUGCCGACCAGAUCUGCGUCGACGGUGGUUCUGGACGUGUCCAAAUUCAUGAACCGCAUUGUUAAGUUGAAUCAGACAGAUCUGGACGUCGAAGUGCAGGCCGGGGUUCCAUGGGAGGAUCUGAACGAUUUCUUGGGUGAGCACGGGUUGUUAUUUGGGUGUGAUCCGGGCCCAGGCGCGCAAAUCGGUGGAUGCGUGGCUAACUCUUGCUCCGGUACAAAUGCCUAUCGUUACGGUACAAUGAAGGAGAACGUGGUGAACUUGACUGUGGUUCUCCCAGAUGGCACUGUGGUCAAGACGAGAGGCAGGCCAAGAAAGUCGAGUGCUGGUUACAAUUUAAACGGAUUGUUUACUGGAAGCGAAGGUACGCUUGGAAUUGUCACAGAAGCCACUGUCAAGUGUCAUGUGAAGCCCGUCAUGGAGACCGUGGUAGUCGCAUCUUUCCCCACUGUUGGAGACGCAGCUGCCUGCUCUUCUAACAUCACACAGGAGGGUAUUCAGUUAAACGCUAUGGAGCUGCUGGACGACGAGAUGAUGAAAUUGAUCAACAGUUCUGGCGCCACUUUCAGGACUGACUGGAAGGAGCAGCCAACCAUGUUUUUCAAAAUUGGCGGUCGAAACGACAAUAUUAUCCAACAGGUCAUAGCCGAAUUAGAACGUAUCGCCAAGAAGCACAAGGCUUCCUCGUUUGAGUUUGCCACAGAUGAAGAAAAAAAAAUGGAGCUAUGGGAAGCAAGAAAGGUUGCCUUGUGGUCAGUCAUAGAUGCAGGCAGAUCGAAGAAUGAAAAGGCGAAUAUUUGGACCACAGAUGUUGCCGUGCCACUCUCCAACUUUGCCAGAGUCAUCGAGGAAACCAAGGAAGAGAUGAGCAAUUCGCCUCUGAUCAACGCUGUUGUUGGGCACGCCGGUGACGGAAACUUCCAUUCUUUCAUAGUCUACAACAACGAUGAGGAAAAGAAAAUAUGCGAAGAGAUUGUCGACAACAUGGUCAGAAGGGCUAUCGAGGCAGAGGGCACCUGUACUGGUGAACACGGCGUGGGUGUCGGUAAAAGAAAAUUCCUACUCGAAGAACUGGGCGAUGCCCCCGUUGACUUGAUGCGCAAGAUCAAACUGGCCAUUGACCCCAAGAGAAUCUUGAAUCCUGACAAGAUUUUCAAAAUCGAUCCUAAUGAACCAGACCUACAUUGA